UGUAAAAGCUGCAUGACGUGACGUCGUAAAAUCAAGUGACAACUUGAAAGAAAAUUAGAAUGGACGACUCGGAAGGAGUACGUGGUGAAAGCUCCAAUUUUCAGUCAGGUAAAACAAAUACUGGCGGUAAUGAAUACAGCAAUGAAGAGCCACAUUUGUGUUCAGCAGAGUUGGAAAUGGACAGUACACAGCAGAAUUUACAACAUUCAUCUGGAGACGCAUUUCACCAUGCAGCUGGAAUGAGCAACGUAGGUCCAGUUAGGAGUGAUGACAAGAUUACCAGACAAAGACCCUUGCUUUCAAGGGAAGCAUUGAAUGACCAAGCUCAGCAGUUGAUUGAGAAGAUCAACGAGAAGAGGAAGAGAGAUACCAAUGUACUCGAUGACUUUAGGAAAGUUCUCCAGGAUAAGGUGGCGUUGACUUGCGGUGCUCUCGAGGAGCGAAUGUACAGAGUCUAUGAAACAAGUGGGAAGAACAUGCAGCCCAAACUCCAGGAAUUCUUUGCAACCUUAGACAGAGUAGCAGCCAUUGAACGGGAACUGGCACAUUUUAAAGAAGCUCUUGGGGUGCUGUACAUCGAUAUUCAAAAAACAAAACGUUAAAUUCAUAAUUUUUUUUUAUUUUAGUCACAUUAGAAAUAAUUGGUAUUUUUAAUUUGUCACUUGUUACAAAUCCAUGUCCCAUUUGUACAUAUAUCUAUAAUUGCCAGUUGUCGUUUUCAUUUGAGAUCUGUAUCAUUGUGACUUUUUAUAUUGUGCAUAUUGACAAAUUUAGUUGGCUCUGAAAUCAGUCAUCUUUUCUAAUAAUUUAUUUAAUUUCAAAUGCAAAUCUCCUGAAAAAUUCAGUACCCACUUCCAUAAAUAUUGGUAAGUUAUUGUAGUCAUCAAUUUCGUAUUUUCAGAUUUAUUGUAUUCAUUAUGUUGACCUUCAUAUUGCCACUACCAACAUUAUCAAAGAUUCAGUAGAGGUAAACAAAUUGUACAUAUAAAUAUUUCCUGCAUAAUCAUCUUCAUUAGUCCUUAUCAAGAUCAUCAUUAUCAUCAUC